AUUGUCCUAAAUUAUUGGUUAAGAUAGACACUAGCGUGUAAGACUAGUUUUACUCUUGAGAGAAGUCAGUUUUGCUUGUUUAAAGAUAGUGACCAUUAAUAAACUCUUAAAAAAUCUUCUGACUAAUCUUUAAUUAGUAGGUUGGCAGCUAUGGCCUAGGGGCAUGACUUUGGGCGUUACAGAACACUGGAGACAAAAUCUACCAGCAGCUCAAUAGAAAAGACGAGGAGAAGGCACAGAAGAUCCUGGACAAGUAUCUUCACAUAUGCAAGCUAACAAGUGAUAUUAUCCUUUUUUUUUUGAGCAACUAAUGAUACUUUAGGUCAGUGUAGAGAAGAUACACAUUGAAAUGGACUCGGUAGAGAAGAGGAUCAUCCAAUAUUGAUCUCAGAGAGAGGUGUCAAGAAUCUUGUCGCGGGAGCUGCAUCAUCUAGACAAUAUUCAUAUGUGUUAGAGGCUUAGAGCACACUGACAUAAACUAUAUUUGGAUUUUCAUCUUUCUUGUUUUAUCUCACAUAACGUUCUUGUCUUGUCUGCUUGUAAUGUUGUUGUUUCUUCCAGCAGAUGCUCUUUGGACCAAGACAACAACAGAUAAUAAGCAAAUUAAAAAAAAAAAAGUAAAAGACACAUCCAUGUCUAGUUAACCACAUUCUCGGACAUUGUUUCUCAUGAUUAUAAUAUUAUUUGGUAUAUAAGAAAAAUACAUUUUUUCUCUUGCCAUUGAUAAAGUCUUUUUUCCACAUUAUAUAUAUAGAGAGAUUGUUCGAAUAUUCGAAGGAACAGAUUCGUAAGAAGUGCAACCAUUGGUUAUCUUAUUAUCCAAGUAAACGGGAAAUGAUGUUUCAGAGGAAGAAACUAUCUGUUAAAAGUCUCUCCAGACCAAAAACGUUGUCUCUCACAAGCUAUGGAGGAAGAAGAAGCAGCCACUUGUCAAGUACUAGAAGAGAAACUCUACGUCGCAGUUGGUAGAGAAGUAUGGAAGAACAUAUCAAAUCUUAUGUGGGCAUUAGAAAACUCACAAGGAAAGAGAAUCUGCAUCCUUCACAUCCACCAGCCAUCUCCAACGAUUCCUGUCUUGGGUACAAGAUUCGAAGCUUCAACGGUAGAUGAGGAAUCAGUGAGAGCAUACAGAGGCAAAGAAACAGCAAAAACAGAUAAGAUUCUACAAGAGUAUCUUAGUAUUUGUUUGAAGAAAGGGGUACAGGCAGAGAAGCUGUGUGUGGAGAUGGACUCAAUCGAGAAAGGGAUAGUGGAAACGAUAUACCAGCACAGGAUCAGGAAGUUUGUUAUGGGAGCAGCUGCAGAUAAACACUAUUCCAUGAAAAUGGAGGAUCUCAAGUCCAAGAAAGCAAACUUUGUCUGCCAACAAGCGCCUGCUACUUGUCAAAUACACUUCACCUGCAAAGGAAACCUUAUCCAUACAAGGGAAGCUAGAGUGGAUGAAGUUAGAGCUCUCUCUGUGCUCUUGUCUGAUUUUCAGCGGCUUGUAUUGCCACAAAUAAGGUCUGAUGUGCAAAAUAGCAGAUCCUCCAUAGAUACCAUCAGCUCUGAGGUCUUACUAAGCGAUAUUCAAGAGGAACCAAAUGACUCAUCUUCUCUAGCUUUCCCGUGCAGCGGGAUGGGACUGAACAUGAUGAACUUCCUAAUCAACUCCACCAAGCUAUGGCAGAAGCUCACAAUCCAAAACCAUGAGCAUUGUGAAUGACUUUAUGUACUAAACCUAGACUACAAAAACCAUUUGUGUGAGAGGAAGCUGCUGGUUAUGGUUUCCUUCUCGUGUGGCUUAAAAAUAACUAG